AUAAGAUCGUCCAUGUUGCGUGUCGGCUGCAACCGUAAAUGAAGUGUCUAAUUUGAAUUACAACAGUUGCCCAAAGAUGCACAGAUUUUUCUCCAAUAUCAGCCCUUCCGACUUGAGAACAUAGGCGUUGGGCAGCAUUGCUGAUGCACGCCGCACACAGCCCUAACCCAGACGAGAGUAGCGCCUACUCUCCUCUCGGUAUUUUCGGGGGGAUCUUGGAGCUUCGAUCUGGCGAGCGAGGUUUCCCAGUCUUGGCUUUCAUCGACCAUUCGCCAGAUCGCGUUUCCAGGGCAGAGUGGCGUCCAUGUGACAAGCGAAUGGCCACCUGCUAGCCCGAGGCGGCCGUCCCAGAGUACAGGCAGUACCUCGGAACCCUGAAAAGGAGCUGGCAUGCGGACCGACAGUGAAGUGACAACUGCAAACGACAACCCACGGUUCUACGGAGUCAACAUGAAUGCUAAUGCGCAGGGAAAGUUAUUGAAAGUUAGCGUGGAGGGAGGCGAGCUUGCUCCCGGCAGGCGGCACCACGGCGCCCGCCCGACCUGGGGCGGCAAGGCGGACUUUCUUCUCUCCAUCGUCGGUUUCUGCGUCGACUUGUCCAACGUCUGGCGAUUUCCCUACAUGUGUUACAAAAACGGGGGAGGUGCGUUCCUGAUCCCGUACACUCUCAUGCUUCUUAUCUGCGGUAUUCCUCUCUUCUACCUGGAGCUUGCCCUGGGUCAAUAUAACCAGACCGGCGCCAUCACCGUCUGGGACAAGGUGUGUCCCAUCUUCAAAGGCGUUGGGUGGUGUGUCGUCCUCAUUGCCUUCUUCGUUGACUUCUACUACAACGUCAUCAUCUCCUGGGCGCUGUACUAUUUCUUCGCCUCCUUCACCACGGUCCUCCCGUGGAGUACCUGCGACCACGACUGGAACACAAUCUACUGCUUUGAGCCCAUAGAUGGUCCCAGGUACUACGUCGAGGUCAACGUCUCAGCAGAAGAUGGCACAAACGACACUAUCAUCAUCAAUCAGACAGCAUCUGCAGCGACGGAGUACUACGAACGAGGUGUUCUCCAGAUGAACCAGAGUGGUGGGAUUGAGAACAUGGGCAAAGUGGUGUGGCAACUGAUGCUGUGCCUCUUCACCGUUUAUGUCAUCUGCUACUUCAGCAUGUGGAAGGGUAUCCGAGGAUCCGGAAAGGUUGUGUGGUUCACAGCUACCUUUCCUUACGUGGUUCUCUUCUGUCUGCUGAUUCGAGGCGUUACAUUAGAGGGAGCGGGAGUCGGCAUUGAGUAUUACGUGGUGCCAAAAUUCGAGAAGCUACUGAAUGCUCAGGUGUGGGUAGACGCUGCUACCCAGAUCUGUUUCUCUCUUGGCCCUGGGUUCGGAACUAUGCUGGCCUACGCAAGUUACAACAAGUUCAACAACAAUAUUUACAGGGAUGCACUGUUGACAAGCUGUAUCAACUGCGCAACUAGUUUUCUGGCCGGGUUUGUCGUCUUCUCGGUGCUUGGCUACAUGUCGGUGCGCAACAAGGUUAACAUCGACGCAGUAGCCACGGAAGGUCCGGGUCUGGUGUUUGUGACCUACCCCGAGGCUUUGGCAACCAUGCCUGGAGCACCCAUCUGGUCCAUCAUCUUCUUCUUGAUGCUAAUAACGCUGGGUCUAGACAGCUCCUUUGGAGGGUCGGAAGCCAUUCUGACUGCUCUUUCUGAUCAGUUUCCGCGCAUCGUUAGGGAUCAUCGCGAGAUAUUCAUCGGCGGUCUCUUCUCGAUGUACUUCCUCGUUGGGCUGACAUUCGUGUCCCAAGGAGGGGCAUAUAUGGUGCACCUCUUCGACAACUUCGCUGCAUCCUAUUCCAUCUUGAUUGCCGUCUUCUUUGAAACUGUCGCCAUUUCGUGGUGCUAUGGGAUGUCGUUCCCACCAACCAAGCGCAUCUGCAGUGACAUCAAGGAGAUGUUGGGGUAUUAUCCCGGGAUCUACUGGCGCGUGUGCUGGCCUGUGAUCGGCCCAGCUUUCGUUCUGUGUUGCAGCGUGUUUGGCUUAGCUAAUUACAAGUACCCGACCUUCGAUGAUUACAAGUACCCGCCAUGGGCCAUCGCAAUUGGCUGGCUGAUCGCCUCAGCUUCUGUGGCUCUCAUUCCAAUCACCGCCGUCUACAAAUUCGUGACCACCCCCGGAUCAAUAUACGAGCGAUUUCGGGCGAACAUGGAGACCCCUCCCCAGUACCCUACCGAGCUGAACUACCCGUGCCAGCUGAACGGCAUGCCGGUGCCCAUGGACACCAAGCCGGUCACACACGUCUGAACCCGCCCCCUGGCCCAAUUGGCACGCGACGGGGUAGUUGUGGAUGGUGACGAAGGAGGGGAGAGAAGGGGGCCACGGAAAGUUCCUCCGUCCUCGGAUUCAUGCAGUCUCUUUCGUUUUAAAGGCACAGUCCAUCAAUGUGCAGCAUUUUCUUUGGGGAAACAAAAACUCAAAAUCUAAAAAACAAACCUGACGAAGUUUCAGCUCAGUGAGUACUACAUUAAAAGAAAAACAAUUCUUGGAUUCCGAUUUCAAAUCAAAUGUUGCUGAGUCAUGUUUGAAUUUCGCCUGCAGUCAGCAUCUGGGACACGUUCUAUAUUUCCUCAUCAAGUCGAAUGCAGCCACUCGAUGCCAAACACUGCGGCGGCGAAUUAUAGUAACUGGGCGCACCAGUAUCGUGUCAACGCUGCCGCGCUCUCCUAAUGGCAAUUUUCCCAAAAAUACGUCUUAAGAUGCUUCUUCGGCGAUGGCCUUUUUUCACUGUUUUCUUGAAAAUGACGGCUUGCCAGAAAGAGUAAUACUUCCAAGAGAGUUAAAUACCACAGCCAUCUUUAAAGCAGGUAUGAUUUUCAACCAUACUUUUUGGAGAACUGCAAAUGAUGGACUGUACCUUUAGAGGAAGGUCACUUUGGAUGACUGAAACUAAAGGACGAGAAUGAUGAUCAACGCCAAAUUUAUUCACUUAAAUAUUAUGAUUUUUCCACGGCAGCAGGGUACGUUUGGUCGCAUUUUUUCGUUCUCUUGUGUUUUCGAGACCCACCCAAAAUAGAGAGUGGUGUUUAGCCUUUGUUUAGCCUUUGUCUGAGGAGACUUUGCAAGAACAUUUUACAUACUAAACAUUGUGACCUUCAGGUCCAGGAAUUAGAAUGCAGCUGCCUUGCCGAGGAAAGCUAUUGACCGUGACAAUUCCUAUCUUCUCGCUUGAAAUUGAAAAACGUGGUUUUGCCACAAUUUUAGAAUGACACCCUUCACUGGGUAAGAGAGAAGAGGGCUUUUCAGAGCACAUUGAUUUGUCGUCUUCAUAAGCCUGGUGUUAUUCUUUUCCCUUAGUAAUGCUUUGGAACAUACCAUUUAUGCCAGAUAUGAUUUUUGUGGGGGGUGGCUUAAUUCAACUCAAGGGAAGAUAUUUUUGUCAGUGCCAACGGUACCAAGAAUUGAAAUCUCAUUGGGAAAUGUCAUCAAUGAAAUCCAAAACAUCGCAUUACAAUCUUCAAGUAAGGAAUUGAUUUGGUAUUACCACCCCAUAGUCAACCUAAUUAGAUAAUCUGUAGUGACAUCAUUAUGUUCGAGUUCAGGUGAAGAACCUCAUUUUUGUAACCGAUCACCCCUGUGUACUGGGUCGGGUUACGGUGAGACAUCAGUGAUGCAUCCUUUGGAGAAUUUCUCUUGUAAACUCUUAACUGUGAACACAUACAAGAAAUUGAAACGUCUUGUUUUCUCACAUUAUAUACACAAUCAUGUAAAUAUAUGUAAAAACAAACAAAUAAAUAUUCAUGUUUGUGACGGAUGCAUAUAUUCACCGUAUGUAAUAUCAUAAAUGAUCAUAGUGUUAUAUUAAGUUGUUUAACACGAAAAAUUGUAUUGGCAGUGAUUUAUGAAUGUGCAACAAUAGUAAUGCAUAUUCAUAUGAUUACUGUUACCAUCAUUAAAACUGGACGUGACGCCGGAAUUUCAGUUCAGCAUUUAUUUGCAUCAGUCAACUGAACCACUGAUAUUAGCUGAUUUUCUUUCAGCAAUAAAAAAAGGAAUUCUGUCGAAAAUGAAAAUAAUGACCAAAUACAAUACGGGCGAUUCACAACAGUACGCCAC